AUGCCGGUGGACUUUCAGGACGUGCGCAUGGUACCCGAAGGCAACAUGGACUUUGUCGUGGACAUGUCCACCACGGUGCGUGAUGUGAAAGUGUCGUUAGGAGUACAGGCUGGUUUGGGGGGCUUUUUUAAAAGCAUCGGUUUCUCUGAAAGCGGUGGCUACAAGACCUCAAAAGAGAACAUAGUGAAAAAAUCAAAAAGCGUAGCAAUAACUUCAGCUCACCAAUCUGCCUAUGAAGUUGAACUAAAAGAUUACGUCACGUUGUCGGACAAAUUUCGCCACGCAGUAGAAAAACUUCCGGACGACUUUGGCCACCACCAGUCGCACUACAUCGAGUUCAUUGAACAGUUUGGAACGCAUUACUUCAGCGUGGGUCGCUUUGGUGGAAGCAUGGUCGUUCGUACUGAAAUCGACAGUUCUUAUGUGGGCAAAAUCAGCAAACAGGAGAUAUCAGCAGAAAUUGGCGCCAGUGUGGAGUUUGUGGCCAAGGCGAGUAUCUCGGUGACUGCUGCCCAGCAGCUGGUGGACUCUAAGUUCAACUCGCACAGUAUUUCCAGUCUGCACUACUUUGGCGGCAGUGCCAACCUCAACAAGCCCGACGCCCUCAACGAGUGGAACAAGAAUGUAAAGUUGAAUCCCUGGCUUUUUAGUGGAAAGUUGGUUUCGCUAGAUAAGGCAGUUGCGGCGCACCACUCGUUGAAAAGCAAAGCAGAGCAGAUUAACAAGGCAAUUAAGGUGUACCUCGCGAGGGCCUCAUUGGCAGAUCUGGAAGAAACGAUGGACUGGGUUCCAGCGAUUAAAGCGUUGAUCGAGAAUGAUCAAGCAAACAAAACUAAACUGGAAAAG